UCCAGGCCACAUUUCACAGGACACAAACGUUUCCACAGGAUUGAAGGACUUACUUUCCACAUUGUCGAUUAAAAAAAUUUCCAUCUUUUUUCCUCAGCGACUUAACAACUUGCUCAUCACCUGAAGGAGGAGAGAAAAGGAUUGGACUUGUCGGUUUUUGACCCUCUCUCUUGCAACUGUCUCUUUCCAUGUGCUAGUCUAAUCUUUAAGCUCAUGUUGCACACAGACAAAGAAUAAAGCCUUCCUGCAGUUUACUUUCAAAAACGAAACCAAAUCCUCGUCCAAGUUUAAUCGUACUAUUGUUUGAAUUUGAAAGUCAAAGAGAAAAGCGGACUUCAUCAACAUUCCACUCUGGGAAACAUGAACAAAUUCAAACUUUAGUUGCGCUGUUUCUCUCUUACAAGGUUUUGAAUUCUAGGGAUUUGUGUACAAUGUUGGUACUAAGUAUGAAUUCAAAAAGACAGAGGCGCCCAAAUGUUAGAUUGGGGGAAAUCGGUCAUAUUCCUGCAGCUUUUGCCUCUGGCUUCCCUCAUAGAACCAAGGAAAAUUUAGAGCACAAGAGUUAUGAAAACGAUGUGUUGAAUCCUAAUGAGGGUGAACACGAUCACUUAUAUGGGUUCACUAUGCAAGCUCCUCCUGACUUUGUUGUUUUGGGCCCUGGUGUUUCUCCAAGUAUUUCAGCUGAUUUGCUGCAAAAUAGAGAAAAUAAGAAUCCCAACUCUUCAAAGUCAGCUUUUGAUUUGAUCAGUUCUGAUGAAAUUGAUAUGAGCAAGCUGAAAUUAAAUUUUGGCAGCAUAACCAGGAAAUGUAGGGUCAUGAAGCGGCGAGGUCGCAGCACCAAAGCAGCUAAUAAUAUUAUUGGCAGUGUUUGGAGUUCGAAAAUUAGCCCUCAGUUCAGGAGUGAAGAUAGAAAAGACUGCAGUGUGGAGGAGUUUGUAAGGUCUACUUCAGAUGAAUGCAAUGAUUAUUACCAUGAUAAUGGCUUUAAGGACUUGUCAGAUCGUGAGACGCCAGCUACAAGCAAAGAAGCUUAUGACUUUGAGAUGGAUGAACCUGCUUAUGGUAGGAGACCAGGGAAUGGUAAUGAGUGUUGGCAGGAGGAUGCUUGUAAUGAAGGGAAAAAUGCAUCUCCUGUAUCUGAUCAUGUAUGGGAUGAGAUGAAACCCGGGGGACUAGAUGUAAAUAAUGUCACAAGAUGGUUGGAGGAGCAAGGAUUUAGUAAAUAUGCCAGUGUCUUCGAGAUGCAUGAGGUGGAUGAAGCAGUCUUGCCUCUGCUUACUGUUGAAGAUCUCAAAGAGAUGGGUGUGUUUGCUGUUGGACCUCGGAGGAAGCUCUACACUGCAAUACAGCAACUGAGAAAAGCGGGUGCUUCUGACAACAUAUUCAAAUGAAGUUAGAUAACAUAUCUUGGUCUUACCAGCUCUUGUGCAGGAAAAUAUUAGAGUUGUAUAUGUAACUUUUUUUGGACUGCUAACAUGUUUCCUCUUUUAUCUUUGCUAUAAUAAAUGUUAAUCAGAACACUGUCUGGUUCAUA